AUGGCUACUUCCUUGAAGCAGGCUGUCGAUAAGAACUUGGAAUGUCCUGUCUGUCUGAGCUUCUUCAAGGACCCCAAGAUCCUGACCUGCUCCCAUACCUUUUGCAAGGACUGUCUUGAGACUCUUCUAGAGUCUCAUCGGAAGCUGUUGUGUCCUACGUGCAGGGAGGAGACUUCGGUUCCUGGCGGAGACGUGGGUAGACUGCAGUCAAACAUAACAGUCAGAUCACUUGUUGAAGAUGUGGAGACCCAGGGCCAAUCCAACUAUAAUCAAGAAGACAAAUGUAAAAAACAUCCGAACCAAGAUGAAGACUGUUUUUGUCUUAACUGUAAAAAGUAUGUCUGCUGCAAGUGUGCCAUAUCAGAGCAUGUAAAGAAUGCUCACACUAUCCUGGAAGCAUGCGAACAUGAAAAGAAUAACAUCGAGAAACUUGCAUCUAAAGCGAAUGCAAAGAUACGCAACGUUGAAAAGUAUGUUACAUUCGUUGCAGACAAGCGUAAAAGGGUGCAUAACGUACACGAACAACUCAAUGAUGAAAUAGAUGAUACGUAUAAGGAAUCGGUUCAGAAGUUAAAGAAAAUAAGGACGGUGUUGAAAAAUGAAGUCGGGCAAAAGCUAGGUCAACUUGAGACUUCAUUGGGAGACAUGGAGGAGUCAGGUCGUAAACAGCUAGACCAGAUUAAGACAGCUCGGGACUUGGUUAAGAAUGGUCUUCAUAUUCCUCUCCAGACAGAGGCUUUGACCUCACAUAAAGCGAAGUGUCAAACGCUGGAAGAGCUUCUAAGCCAGAUUGGGCCAGAUGUGGAGCUGCCCAGAAGAACUGCUGAGGAAGGUGAAAGAAUCGGGUUCAGGAGUCUGGGAUCGGAUGGACUCCAGUUGGGCCAGCUAAGACAAAAGGAGUCCAAAUUGAUGUACAGGGAAGCUCCGCUGCCUGCUGGAAAUACCAUGGACGGAAUGGCAAUAUCACCAAAUAAUGAGAUGGCCGUUGGUUGUAAAACGGGAGGAAUAGUCUUGUAUUCUUCUGAGGGCAUCAUACAAAAUACCGUUCUGAAAUCUGUUCAAGUUAAUGCACUACACUUCAUGCCUGAUGGUGGAUACGUCAUACGCGACUCUAAUAACAAAAUUGUCUUGCACACCGAGCUUCGUGAAAAGCUUGAUGUAACGUUUGAGACAAUUGAUGUUGCGAAAGGUGGAUGGCUUGGUGGUCUCACUGUAGACAAGGAUGGGCUGAUCUUCAUAGCUUACAAUACAUGCAAGAAAAUACAGGUAUUUAAGCCAGAAGGUGGGAAGGCAAUUAGAGAGAUAAAGUGUAACGGAUUUAAACCAUGGCAAAUGUUUGCGAUGAAAUCAAGUCAAGCGAUUGUCGUUCAGAAUGGUUCGAAUGGGGUACAAGUGAUCAACGAUGUGUCUGGUGCUAUCAUUCAUAGCCUCAGCAAGGAUGGUGAAUGCCCUUACCCUGCUGCGUAUCAGGAUAAUUCAGUUAUCAUUGCAUGGGUUAAGCACAAGCAAAGUCUGCUGAGCAUCGUUCAGUACACAAAAGAGCUCAAAUUCAUCAAAAUCAUUCUCACUGACUUCGAGAUAAUCAAACCCAAUCGAGCAUGGUACUAUUUGCAAGUAUUCAAGACGGGAGAGAUUGCCUUCUGCACUCAUGAUAGGCUUUACAUCUUUCAUGAGACAUGGGAGUAAAUUUCAGUUUUGCAUUUGAAACUUGAUGUUUCAUCGAAUAUCGGAACUUUAAAACUCCAGGAUGCAAUCCAAUUUCAGUAUUCCUGCUUUGUA